AUGGCAAGUUUCCUAGCCCGUACCUUCACCGCGACGCUCGCCUUUGCCUAUGGGCUCUUCAACUUGAUUCUCUAUGGAUGCAUAGCAUGCAAGAGGGGCACUUUUUUCAAACGCUCAACGGAGAAAGAGAAGUUGGAACUGCAGCUUGCCCAGGAUCGUCUCUGGAACCUUUCCAAGGACUUUUCUGGCCUCUCCCACCACAUCCUGACUCUGCGCAGUGGCUUCAAGUUUCACUUUGUCAGCAACCAUGCUCCUGGCUCACCAGAAGUCCAGAAGUCCAGCAAGCCCCUGGUCAUCUUCAUCCAUGGCUUCCCUGAUAGCUGGGCCAUGUGGCGCCAUCUGAUCAGCUCCUCUGCUUUGCAAGAUGCUGCAGCUCUGGUUGCCGUGGAUCUUCCUGGCUUCGGGGCUUCUGACAGCUUGGAUAAAUAUUCGGCAACCAACGUGCUGGAGCAGCUGACCGAGUUCAUUGUGACCAUCCGCGCUCAGUAUGGCGUGGACGAUGGAAACGAGAGCAAUAAGAAGCGGACUAUCGUUGCUGCCCAUGACUGGGGUUGUGUCCUGGCCAUGCGGCUGGCAGCCGAAGCCCCGUCGCUGGCCGAUCGAUUCAUGCUGAGCAACGGACCCUUGGUACACAUGGUCAUGUCUAACAUCCAACGACUGGUAUCGUCUGCGCGGAAGAUGUUCAACACGGCGCUGCGAUCCCCACUUCAGUCACGCACUCCGUUGCUUCAAGCCUUCCGAACCCUCGGCCCCCUGUUCCGCCAGAUCAGUCUGUCUGGAUACAUCUUUGCCAUGCAGCUGCCCCCACCGUUUGUGGAGUACUUCCUGACAGGAGGAAACUACUCGUUCAUUAAGGAAAUCCACAAAGGCUCCUACGGCCAGGCCGAGUUCACUCCCCGCGAUGCAGCCGAAUGCAUGGCAACCUCAAUGGGCCCCUCAGCCGCCGAGCUCGAGACCCAGACGGUGGACGGCGAGACCUACCCGACCGUUCUGCAGGCCCAGCACCCCUUCGCGCGCGCCCUGCACAUGGCGAGCUACUACCGCGACGACACGAGCGUUGCGCGCUGGCGGAAAUCCGUCGAGACUGUCGCCAGCCUGCACGGGCUUGCGGGCGGCGAUGAGCUGCGUCGCUCGAGCAGCGGGGCCGGCAUGUUUGACGAAGGCGCUCCGGGUGUGCUCAAGGCCAGCGCGACUGUGUUCUGGGGUCAGAAGGACAUUGCGCUGAACCGUCAAAUCUGUCUUGAUGGCAUGGCCGAUUACCUGGUUCCAAAUAGCCAGGUGGUGCUGCUUCCUCGGUCGGGUCAUUGGACUCCGGUCGAGGAGGCGAGCCGCGCCGCGUGGGAGAAGGCUAUUCAGUGGGCUAUUGGUGGUGAGCAGGGCGACAUUGAAGCGGCUGUCCGGGUGGCGUAUCCGGAUGCGAAGGUGACAGUGCGCAAGUGA